AUGACAGCGGCGGCAGCGGCGACGGAAGGAGAGACGCAGCACGAAGCCACACUCAGUCACUCGCCCUCACACUCGAUAGCUUGUACAGGCAUCACCACCGGAGGACAAACACACUUCUGAAGGGCGCCGCGAUGAAAGUCUUGCUUCUCCUGGCCCUUGUGGCUCUGGCCUGUGCUGUCGAGCUGCCUAGGAUUAAACUUCAUAAGUUCAAGUCUGCACGACGCUCUUUGCAAGAGGUUGAUACGGCAGUGAAGGUUGUUCAUCGCAAAUGGGGCAAUAAAGGACCCAUGCCAGAGCCACUUUCCAACUACAUGGAUGCACAGUACUAUGGACCCAUUACCAUUGGUACACCCCCACAGUCCUUCAGAGUGGUGUUUGAUACUGGAUCCUCCAAUCUGUGGGUGCCUUCUAAGCAGUGCCACUUUACGAAUAUUGCUUGUUUGAUCCACAACAAGUACGAUGCAACGAAGUCCUCCACAUACAAGAAGAAUGGCACAAAGUUCGACAUCCAGUAUGGGUCAGGCUCAUUGUCAGGUUAUCUUUCUACAGACUCUGUAUCGGUUGGUUCAGUACAAGUAGAGGACCAGACUUUUGCUGAAGCCAUGAGUGAGCCAGGCUUGGCUUUUGUUGCUGCCAAGUUUGAUGGAAUUCUUGGCAUGGCCUAUGAUAGGAUUGCUGUUGAUGGAGUCACACCUGUUUUCUACAACAUGGUGAAGCAGGGUGUUGUGCCUGCUCCAAUUUUCAGCUUUUAUCUGAACAGGGAUCCAUCUGCUGCUGAAGGUGGAGAACUGAUUCUAGGUGGCUCAGAUCCUUCUUACUAUACAGGCGAUUUCACAUAUGUACCUGUUGAUCGACAAGGGUAUUGGCAGUUUAAGAUGGAUGGACUUCAGAUGAAUGGAACAACAGUACCAUUCUGUGAUGGUGGAUGUGAGGCAAUUGCUGAUACUGGUACUUCCCUUAUUGCUGCUCCUUCAGAAGAGGCUCGUCUCAUCAACAAGAAGAUUGGUGCUAAGCCAAUUAUGGGUGGAGAAUGGUCAGUGGACUGCAACUUGAUUCCUCACCUGCCAACCAUCUCAUUUGUUCUUGCUGGGAAGCCAUUUACUCUGGAAGGAAAGGAUUACAUUCUCAGGGUUAGUCAGUUUGGACAAACUACAUGCCUCUCUGGCUUCAUUGGCCUGGAUGUUCCUCCACCAAUGGGACCCAUUUGGAUUCUGGGAGACAUUUUCAUCGGUCGCUUCUACACAGAGUUUGACUUGGGCAACAAUCGUGUAGGUUUUGCAGAGAGCAAGUAGAAGAAAAAGGGUUUGAAGUUGAUGGGUGAAGUUAGAAAAAAUGCCAUAGUGGCAUAUAUUGUGGCAUUUAAAAAAAAGUUACUUCCGAGUUAGUACAGACCAUGAAGGAUAAAUGAGUUGAUAGGAGUACAUCACUUUCAAUGAUAAUUGAAGGUUAUUAGGGAAAAGGUUUUUUUGGUUUUAUUUACGUCAUGAAAUUCAGAAUUUAGAGUAGUGGCAAUUCUGGCUGCUUUUUUUUUCAUGUGAAGCCCACAGUGUUACUUGUAAUUCCUAUUUUAACAUGCUUGAUAGUAGACAUGAUUCAUGAAGAUGUGAAGACUUUUUCCAGGAAAAGAAAUUGGUUUCUUUUCUAAGUAAUGAGUGUGAUGAGUGGUUUCUUUGUAACUCUAAUUGUUAUGCAUAUAUUCUGACUAAUUACCACAUAUAGAAAUAAAUGUACAUCAUAAAAACUACUGUGAUAUGUACUGUAUUCAAUUUGACUCAUAGCCAAUUUAAUGAUAACUUUUUUUUGCCCAGUUAUAAGGAAAUUUCACUUCUUAUUUUUGUUACAUUUGUGCAAUCCAUGUAUGAUAUCAAACUUUCUGUCAGUGACAUUAGUGCCUGAACAUUACUAUUAAAGAUAAAAAUAAAUAUAUACAUGUA